GCCUGGCAGUGCUGAGGGCACAGGCAGAUGGUUGGGAGGCUAUGGUCCCUGGAACCUUAGUGCCCCUAGAGUCUGGGCCUCAGGAGCAACCCUUUCAGCUAUUAGGCAGUGGAGAGUGACUUUCUGGAGCCAGAAGGUCCCAAGGGAGGGUGCUUUGAAAGGCUCAGGCUCCUCAGUGAUUUUUUUCCCUCUUGUGAAUAGGCAAGAACAGGUAGGGAGAAGGCAGCUAGAAAAGAGGACUGAAACAGUUCAGGGAUUUUACAGUGUCACCUGGCUCUGGAGGGAAAGGAACAGAAAGACAAAAUGCAUGCUACUACCCACUCCCUCAAGAUGAGAAAGAAGCCACUCAUUUACAUAAUGGAAAUGAGGUCUUUGUGUCAAACAGUGGACCAGUCCAUUUAAAGGCAAUGUCCCCCCUCUAAUCAGCUCCCAUAGGUUUGAGAAGGCCACACAGCACCCUCUGGGGACAUUUAUGUUCCCAAGCCCAGAGAAUUAAGAGUCCAGGAACAGAAUUAGAUUCAGAUGCUUUAAUCACCCCAGCUCAGCCAGAAUUGAGAGUGGGGCACAGGAAGACAUCCACAACCCAAAGAGAUGAAAGUGGGGUGAGUUUUGCAACUGAAAGAAAAUGGAAAGCCUGGACAAUAUCUCAAUGUCCCUUCCCCUCCGCACACCCCAUUCUUCCAUGUUAUAGUACAGGAGACUUUCACUUCUGAGCUGUAUACAACCUGGAUAUUUCCCUGGGAUCUGGGAAGUGUGCACAUCCACUGGACCACACAUUUGCAGCAUAGAAAAAUCACAAUUCCAAAUCCUGUCCCUGGGGUUUCUGUGCAGUCCUUCUGUUGUGUACUCAAGACGUGGGCGCACAUUUAUAUCCACCUCUCUCUCUCUCUCUCUACACACACACACACACACACACACACACACUUCCUCAAGAUAAGGAAAGACACCCCAGAACAACAGAAGCCUGCCAUCACUAUGUAUUUACAUACUACCCCUUGGAGACAGACAGCUGACUGGUAGAUGGAACUACAGACAGAUUCUUAGAGAUCUGGCUCCAGAAACCAGGCAGCCUCUGGCCCAGCCCUGCCUGCCUGCCUGCCUGCCUGCCUGCUCUUUUUCCCAAACAAACGGAUCAGACGAAUAAACGCUCAUAAAUACCUCUGGGCUUAGAUAAGAGCGAUGAGGCGCUAUUUCCUUUCAUGCAGACUCCAGGCACCCAGGCCCUGCCUUUGCAGUUUAGAGGUGAGGUUAAUUUGGGGGCUGGGACUCUAAGAAUAGGGGACUCUUUUAUUUUGUGUAUCUGUCACAGGGAAAAGCUCUUUUCCUCCCCCCAUCCAGACACAGGAAAGCCCAUGCUAUCUCUCUGGAUUAGGGAUCAGAGAGAAGGCAGAGAGAGCUAAGGCCCAAGGCCCAGUCUUAGUGGCUUAAGGAAGAUAGGCACACAGAUGUGCUAUGACCACCUCAAUCCCCUGCCCAAAUAUCCCUUAUUUCCCUCUAAGAGAAAACCCAAUUGCCUUUAGAUUGGAUCAUUUAGGACUCCAUUAUUUGAGAGGCUCAGAUUUGAUUUCCUUAAACAGAUGUUAACACACAUGUGUGCGUGAACACACACACACACACACACACACACACACACAUACACACACGAGUCUGGCUAAGAAGUGGUUGAUAGGACAUCCAGGUAGCUAUAUGAUAAUGAAGGUGCAGCUUAGAAGUUGUCCUGUGGUCAGAGAAUCUCGCAGGCCACUUUGUAACCAACCAAGUGUCCACUGUGGGUUAACAGACUCAAUCUUGAACCAUCUUCAGUAGGAAGAACUGGCCCACACACAAAAAUAAAAAAUUUAAAAAUCCAAAGGAAGUCAUAAGAUAUCAGCCCAGCCCUUACUACACCACCAGACUUUGUCCCAUACCUUAGUCAUUCCUGGACCCAGGACCAAAGGUUAUACUAGCCUCCAUCUGAGUAUUAAGAUGCUGAGAACACACUGUGGCUCAGUCUGCUAGCCUGGCCUCCAUUCUCAUUUUCCAGAGAGAGAGAGUGAAAGAAACAAACACACUUACACCUAAGCUUGUGUGGCAGGAAAGCUGAUGAUACAGAGUCUGUGGGAGGGAAUUCUACCGAAGCUGAGAGACAGACAGUAGGGCUAUUAGCAUCUGGAAAGGGGCUGCUAGCUGAUAGUUGUAAGCUGCCUGCUGAGUCCCCAGGAGGGCCCAAACAGCCUUCCCUUCUUAUAAAACCAAACCAAAACCAAGUCUAGGGAAGUAAUUAAUUUAAACGCAAAUUGCCGGCCUCAGGAGCAACUUGGAGAUGGAGCAAGGACCUUUCUCUUCUUGGUGGCCUCUGAUUGUCCCAAAUAUAGGAAGGUUUAAGACACUAAUUUGGAGGAAGACUUUCUCUUGUACUCAGGCUUACUGAGACAUCAUUGAUUCCUAAGAAUUUACAACCCAGUCAUAUUUAUUAUUUGGUGUAAGAGGUAGGAGUGAAGUGAGGUUGCAGGCAGGGCAGACAAAUCUUGACUGAGGAUGCCCUUCACUUCUUCCUUCUGUCCCCAACUGAGAAGGGUCUAUUCCUUUCCCCAAUGCCAUUUCCCUUGCCAAAGCAAGUGAUGCACACAGAACCAGGAAGGGUAUCUUAAGCAUAGCUGGCCACCAGUCUUCAAGCUCCCAGAGAGAGGGGGAGCUUGAAGACUGACUCUUGCAUCUCCUAGCCUUCGGGUUUCUGGGCAGUGGGCUCUGGCCUGCCCUUCAGCUCAUAAGACUUGUGGAGAAGCAGGGAUAGUAAAACCAGGCAUGAAGGAGGGAGAGUAGAAAGAGGAAGAGGGAAAAAAAGAUUUUCGAAACCUGGGAAGGAGACUGUUCCUUCUUUGCUUCUUUCAGAAAAUGAUGUUAAUUAGCAGUGAACUCUACUGCUGUCUACCAGCACAAAACCAGAGAAACAAACCUUGGUCUUUGAAGCUCCUCUAAGGAGGCUGCGAUCUGAAAUGUGGGGCCAUCCCCCCUCCCUUGGAGGGUAUAGGGCUUGAGUCAUGCAGGGGUUAACUUUUCUGAAAACAUAAUUAACUUUUUUCCCUAUCCUGCGAGGAAAGGGGAGGGAUAUAUUUAUUUAAUCACGGGGGAUGGGGUGGUCUCAAUCCAAAGGUUUCCUCCUCCCUCAAAGGCACAGAGUCUCUUCCGCAGAUCCUACGUAGGUGGAACUGGCAGGACGCGUCGUGUUGCUGGGGGGGGGGGGGGAGAGAGAGAGAGAGAGAGAGGAGAGAAGGAGGGGAAAAAGGUUGAUAGGUUUGUGCGCGGGUCCCUCGUGCGGGCUGCGCUCCUCCUGGGUGCUAUUUGACAAUUCCUGCCUCUGCCAUUGGUCAGUGUUGGAUCAGAUGGUUGUAUUUCCUUCUGGCCCUCACUGGCACCUCGCCAUCCCCCCUCAGCUAAAACCCAAUCUCAGAUAUACUACUAAUAGGCGCGGCGCUCGGACUAUAAAACACAACAAAUCAUAAAGCCGGCGGAGCAGCAGCGGCCGCGCGCCUCCCCUGCCAAUGAGUUCCUAUUUCGUGAACUCCACCUUUCCCGUCACUCUGGCCAGCGGGCAGGAGUCCUUCCUGGGCCAGCUCCCGCUCUACUCGUCGGGCUAUGCCGACCCGCUGAGGCACUACCCCGCACCCUACGGGCCCGGCCCGGGCCAGGACAAGGGCUUUCCAGCCUCAUCCUAUUACCCGCCGGCUGGCGGCGGCUACGGCCGAGCAGCGCCCUGUGACUACGGGCCCGCGCCGGCCUUCUACCGCGAGAAGGAGUCGGCCUGCGCGCUCACCGGCGCCGACGAGCCGCCCCCGUUCCACCCCGAGCCGCGGAAGUCCGACUGCGCGCAGGACAAGAGCGUGUUCGGCGACGCGGAGGAGCAGAAGUGCUCCACGCCCGUCUACCCCUGGAUGCAACGGAUGAAUUCGUGCAACAGUUCCUCCUUCGGGCCCAGUGGCCGCCGCGGUCGCCAGACCUACACCCGCUACCAAACGCUGGAGCUGGAGAAGGAAUUUCACUACAACCGCUACCUGACGCGGCGGCGGCGCAUAGAGAUCGCGCACGCCCUGUGCUUGACCGAGCGCCAGAUCAAGAUCUGGUUCCAGAACCGCCGCAUGAAGUGGAAAAAGGAGAGCAAACUGCUCAGCGCGUCGCAGCUCAGUGCGGAGGAAGAGGAAGAGAAAACGGCCGAGUAAAGGCGCUGGAGAAGGAGGGGGAGCGCGAAGGGAUAGGCCAGCGGGGGAGCUCAGGGCGUUAGAGAGCCCCCCACCCCCACCCCCGCCAGAAGGCUCUGCAGGCUGGGGCGCCCGGGGCAUCUGCUUUCCAGAGCUGGACAGGCGGGGCCCGUGGCUCUCCUGGACGCCCCCGCCCGCAGAGCUUUCGUGGGGUGCAUGGAGGCCGCGCCUCCGGAGCCCGCUCAGCACCCCGCGCGUCCCCUCCAUCUCCGCGGAAGCCGCCAUGGCCCGCUCGGGCUCCCCGGUGAGAACUGAAGACCGAACUCACUUGAUGUGUCCUGGAAGCAGAGCAAAACGCUCUUGUCCCUGUUGCGUCUCAUUUUGUCUCGGUCCCUCCCGCCCCCCUGUGCACGGUUCAAUGGUAGAUUCGCAGACCCCUCAGCAGGGGCCUCGAAGACUCCCUGACCCUAGACCUCUCUCCUACCCCCUUCCCCAAAGCCACUGGAAGGAGCACAUACUACCUAGAAGUAAGAAGAGGAGCCUCAAAAGAAAACAAAAUUCUAUUUUAUUAAUUUUCUAUGUGUUGUGUUUGUAGUCUUGUCUUAGCUCUGGACGUGAAAUACUUCGGUAAUAAUAAUAUUAUUAAUAAUGAUAAUGAUGAUAAUAAUAAUAAUAAUAAUAAUAAAGAUGUAAAAACUC